AUGGCUUCUUUAGGAUUUGCUAAUCAGAUCAGGAUGGGAGCCGGUAGUAAUUCGGUGGCCGUGUUUCCCGUGACUGGGACGAGGCCUAGAUGGCGGCCGAGUCGUAAAAACAGAGUCGGAUUUAGGAUUUUGGCUUCGGAAAAUCAUGCUGUUGAGGAACCUGAUCUUAGUGUCAGUGUCAACGGGUUGAAAAUGCCCAACCCCUUUGUUAUCGGAUCGGGUCCUCCCGGAACCAAUUACACCGUCAUGAAGCGGGCCUUUGAUGAAGGUUGGGGUGCUGUCAUCGCCAAAACGGUAUCUCUGGAUGCUGCAAAAGUUGUAAAUGUUACUCCUCGGUAUGCUAAAUUACGAGUAGGAGUAAACGGCUCAUUGAAAGGACAAAUUAUUGGGUGGGAGAAUAUUGAACUCAUAAGUGAUCGGCCUUUAGAGACUAUGUUGAAGGAAUUCAAACAGUUGAAAGAAGAGUAUCCUGACAGGAUCCUUAUUGCUUCAAUAAUGGAAGAGUAUGAUAAAGCUGCAUGGCAGGAACUCAUUGAACGAGUUGAGGAAACUGGAAUUGAUGCUUUUGAAAUCAACUUUUCAUGCCCUCAUGGUAUGCCAGAGCGUAAAAUGGGUGCUGCAGUUGGCCAAGAUUGUGCACUGUUGGAGGAAGUAUGCGGCUGGAUUAAUGAAAAAGCCACAGUUCCAGUUUGGGCAAAGAUGACUCCAAACAUCACUGACAUUACACAGCCAGCUAGAGUGGCUCUUAGUACUGGAUGCGAAGGGGUUUCUGCAAUCAAUACGAUCAUGAGUGUUAUGGGAAUUGAUCUUGAUACCUUAAGACCAGAGCCUUGCGUAGAGGGAUACUCGACUCCUGGUGGCUAUUCUUCAAAAGCAGUCCACCCUAUUGCACUUGCAAAAGUGAUGAGCAUUGCACAGAUGAUGAAAAAGGAAUUUGGAUAUACAGACUGUUCACUUUCUGGCAUUGGAGGCGUAGAGACAGGUGGUGAUGCUGCUGAGUUUAUACUUCUUGGGGCAAGUACAGUUCAGGUCUGCACGGGUGUUAUGAUGCAUGGAUAUCCUCUUGUAAAGAAACUCUGCACCGAGCUGAAGGAUUUUAUGAAGAAGCACAAUUUUUCUUCAAUAGAAGAUUUUAGAGGGGCUUCGCUGGAUUACUUCACCACUCAUACGGAUUUAGUAAGAAGACAGCAAGAAGCUAUUCGUGAAAGGAAGGCUGUGAAGAAAGGUUUGCAGUCCGAUAAAGACUGGACAGGAGACGGUUUUGUGAAGGAGACGGAGAGCAUGGUAUCCAACUGA